AUGUCUGAGCCAGAGUUGGCUGCGUUGCAGGACUUCCUUGAUAAAAACCUUGCCCGAGGGUUUAUCCGGCCUUCGUCUUCGCCUUUGUCUGGCCUGGUUUUGUUUAUGAAAAAGAAGACUGGCGAUCUGAGACUCUGUUGCAAUUACCGGCACCUGAAUGCCAUCAGAGUACGGAACCGGUAUCCGUUGUCUUUAAUUUUGGAGUUAUUGGCACGUCUACGGGAGGCAACGGUCUUCACGAAGUUGGAUUUCCGGGGUGCUUACAACCUGGUGCACGUCAGGGUGGGAGACGAAUGGAAGAUGGCCUUUGGCACCUGGUAUGGACAUUUCGAGUAUACAGUCAUGCCGUUUGGGUUGACCAAUAUGCCGGCGGUCUUCCAACAUUUUAUGAACGAUGUCUUCCGGGAUCAGUUUGUCGUCAUUUAUCUGGACGACAUCUUGAUCUACUCGAGAUCCCCGAAGGAUCAUCAACGUCAUCUGUGUUUGGACUUGCAGCGACUCUGA